CUCCACACCUCAUCACAUUCUCUCCUGAACAACACAUUAGAGAUAUUUACAUGCUUCUGAGACAGCCACUGAAUCCAGUGAAGUGAUGACUCUCAUGCACUCUUGAGGAGUUUCACUGGAGAAUCCGCAUGGAAGGAUCAGUUGAGUGUGUGUCAUGAGUCUGUGCACACUGCUGCUGUUGUUCUCUCUGCCGCUGUCCAUCUGCACACACACACUGGAGAGAAAUCAACCUCUUGAGGAGUACACACACACCUGUGGACAGGGUAUAAUUCAUUGUGAAGUAAAACAAGGCAGCCCUACUUGCAUUGGUCAUGAUGAUCAUGUAUAUGUGAGCAGUCUAGAUGCAUACAUUGUGCCAUGCGAAACACAGAAGAAGAUCUUGAGUCUGUGCCUGAAAAUCCUGGUGAACCUCACUGUUAGAGAUGCUGGUCAACCUGUGGAUGUUGAACUGCCAGGUGAUGCCAGCAGUGAAGAUGCAGAGGAAAUACAUGGAAACGCUCAUCAUGAAGACCAAGAUCACAUGACUGCUGCUUCCACUUUUGUGUGCUACAGAAGCCCUUCACACUCAGAUUCAUACAUUCUGCAAUUCACAUUCCCUUCUUCAGCAUUUAAAGACAGCACCACACUGCAGGUGCGGACGUCUUUAUUGGUGGAUAUCAGGGAGGCAGAUCUUGGCAGUCCUGUUGUAGUCUUUUCUUCAUACACAAAAUCUACUAAACAAGUCAUUAUUCCUCCAAAAGAGAAAGUGUGUUCCAAGAAUUUAGAUAUCAUCUUCUGUAAUGUCGGUCCCAAACUGCGCAAAGAAACUGACCAUUUAACAGGAGCGGUGAAACUGUAUGUGGCUGAUGCAGAUAAAGAGAGAUUCCGAGAAUUCCAGACGUGCCAGAAGUUGGAACGGGAAGGAGGCUGUGAAAAGGUGGAAUGGGAUGAUGCGAGGCGUGAGUUUGAGAUUUCUCUCGGCUCUGUCGCCCCCUGUCUGUGCUUUGAGAUUUGGGGGGACUUUCCUCGACAAGAAUUUUGUCCAUUUUUGAAUGAAACAGUUGUCUCAAGCCGCAAUGUGUCACUCUCUGUGGCUGAGACUGCAACUCAUAAUAAGGCGACGGACAAUGACAUAACAGCUCUGAUCUGGAACGUUAUCGCCCCCUGCAGGCUGCACACUGAACUGUGGCUGUGUAUGAAAGACUCAGCGCCCGGCAGCAGCUGCCAUCAAAUCAAUAACACACUUCAUGUUCACCACCACCAGAAUGACCGAUGGACAAACACCGAACACAGACUCUGGCAAUUACAAGGGGAGUUUUUGGAAGUGAAGCAUCACCCUUCAUUAUGUGUGCAGGUUAAAGUGAAGGGAAUGGAUGGUAAUCUGGGUCCAGUAUGUCCUUUUGAAGUGAAGAGGACACACUGGAGUUUCCCGCUGCUGGUGUGUGUCAUAUUUAUGUGUCUGUCUGUGCUGGGAGUCUAUGCCGUACAGGGUACGCUAAAAAAUUGGGUAUUCAGAUGGCUGAAGGUGGACGAUUUGAACAGUGGGGCAGGUGGUGUUGAGGUGCUUCUGGUGUAUCCGCCCGAUGCAGAGGACAACAUCAUGGAGCAAGUGUGUCGUCUCGGCUCCAGUCUGUCCAAUCUCGGCUUCAGUGUGUUCCUGGACCUGUGGAGCCGCUCAGAGCUCAACACGUUGGGUCCCGUUCCCUGGCUGCGCUCCCGUCUCGACCAUGUACAGCGUUGCGGAGGCAAGGCCGUGUUUGUUCUGUCACCAGCUGCCUGCGAACGGGCCGAGGAAUGGAGCUGCAGAGGUGCAGGAAAAGACCUGAAAGAAGACAAGAAGAUAAACAAAUUUUUGCGAUCCUCAAUGGUCUCAGAUGUUUUUACCGCAUCGUUGAGUUGCAUUCUCGCUGACUAUCUACUGGGGCGUGUUGGUGAACGGUUUGUGCUGGCCGAGUUUGAAGCGAGAUCGCCUGGGUCCCAUGGAGCAAUAGCAGCCCUCCCAGAGUUUUUCCGGGGGCUGCCGUUGUUCAUUUUGCCCUCUGAGAGUAUGGGCUUCCUGCUGGAGCUCACGCGUGGAGCUCACAAAGGACAGGGCACAGCAGGACGGUGGAUUCGAGCCAGGGAAAUGAGGGCAGCAUCAUUGGUAUUAUCAGGGGCACUCUGUGACCUCACAGGACACACAUGUGCAGGGCGUGUAGAGUCUGGAACAGAAGAUGCCUGCGAAAGUGUCCCACUACAACCGGACCAGUCAACCACACCAGUCAACCCUACUUUUUACACCAAAAGCAGCACAAAAGGCUGAGUCUAAAUCAGCUGCAUGUAGCCAAAACUACACAUUUUCAAAAUUGAGUAGUCGGGGGGUUACCGGAACAAAUAAAUGAUUAAUUGGUCUUGAGGAAACCAUGUAGAAGUAGGCUAGAUUCGGUUUCACCUGACCCUAAUCGGACAUGUCUCUUAGGGGGCGUUUAUAUUAGAAAAGUGUUUCAAAACUGGUGGGUAGCGACCCAAAAAUGGGUCACAGUUCUGUUCGGAUAGGGUCUUGGAAAAGAAGAAUGCCAGGGUUCUUCCUCAAUUAAAAUUUCUUUGGCAGCCACCCAAGUGAAAUGUUGGGCCAAUGAGGAAAAUGUUAUUAUAUUCAUCUUGCGUUCUGUGCUUUAUAUGUGCUAAAUAUAUUUUUAAUCUAAAACGUGCAUUUAUGAGGUGCGAUUUGCCUGGUUUUUGUGCAAGUGUGACACAAGCCAUCACAGAACCACUUGCGCCAAUGAUCUGCUCUUCUUUAACCUACUGUAUCUCUGGAACACUGUUGAAUUUAAAGCUGCAGUAUAAAACUUUCUAGCGACAUCUGUGGUUGAAACCUAAAAUUGCAAAUAACUUGCGGAGGAACAUUUUAUGUGAGUUGUGUUUCUGCACCGCUCUUCUGCAUCUCAUGGUUUGAGCUUACCCGGACUUUGUAUACGAUCAAUAUGGAAAUAUUCACCUGCAGAGCUGGAGUCAUGAUGUGCUAUUUUCACUUUGAUAUUAUGUUAUUCAUUUAAACAUUUACAACAGAAAUAUUACUUGCCUUGAGGGAGAUAAAUAAUACUUUUAAUUACAUAUUUUAGUAUGAUCAUUCCAGUGUUUUAUCCACCACACAUUUAUGUUUGUAUUGUACUGUAUCACUUUAAGAGGUGAAACUUGUGAAAUGGCUGAUACCAGUUCAAUGAAAGACCAUAACACUAUGUCCAAAAAAGCAUAGUCAUACUACCAUUUCCAAGAAACAAGGUAAUACCAUGGUACUUUUUUGUAAGCAUUAUAAAAGGCUCUGACACCAUUUACAUUUACAUCAAACGAAUGUUUUAAAAAUGUUUGUGAAUGGGUUUAAAUCUGGUAAGAAGCUCAGCCAAACAUUAACUUUUUUUUUUUUAAUACCCUAAAGGGGCAGCAUGUCCUGGGGGAUACAAACAGUAAAAUUUAAAAUA